GAAUGAUCCAGAUUUGGACGAAGAUGAAGUUCCAAUUGAAUACCAGUCCUACCAGGAGAUGAACGACAAUGCUAUGAAAAAAUAUACAAUUUUGGCUAAAAAGCUAAAGAAAUUGCAAAACGAAAAAGAUCCAAAUGCAACUGAUAUUUUUCCUGGUGCAUUGGGGGGAGAAAUAGUCCGAUAUAUAGCCCCACAAGGAAAUCCUUUCCUACUUCAAAACCAUAUGUUUAUACCGACUAUUAAGAGUCAAGGAACUCCUGAACAAAUUCAAAAAUGGGUACCAAAAGCUGAAAGUUACGAAAUAAUUGGCACCUAUGCCCAAACUGAACUAGGACAUGGAACGUUCUUGCGUGGGUUGGAGACAAGAGCUGAUUUUGAUCGGAAAACUGAUGAGUUUAUUUUGCAUUCACCAACGAUAACUGCUUAUAAAUGGUGGCCUGGAGGAUUGGGACAUACUUCCAACUAUGCAGUUGUAGCAGCACAACUUUACAUCGACGAUAAGCCAUAUGGCAUUCAAAUGUUUGUAGUUCAAUUGAGGGACUUAGAAACUCAUAUGCCACUUCCGGGUUUAAAAAUUGGUGAAAUUGGCAAUAAAAUGGCUUUCCAGACUGUCAACAACGGUUACCUAGGUUUUGAGAAUUUCCGUAUUCCCCGAACAAAUAUGUUGAUGAAAAACGCUCAACUUCAUCGAGAUGGAACUUUUGUCAAGUCUCCAGCUUCGGUUCUAACUUAUUUUACAAUGGUCAAUGUCCGAGUUUCAAUUGUUAUGCACUCUUACAUGUCACUUGCCCGAGCAGCUACCAUAGCUAUACGUUAUUCCGCUGUUCGUAGGCAGAGUAAAAUUAACCCCAAGGAACCUGAACAUCAAAUCAUCGACCACCUUACCCAGCAAAUGAAGCUAUUUCCUGAGAUUGCUAAAGCCUUAGCUCUAAGGCUUAACGCAGAUUGUCUCACAUCUAUGUUAAAAGCUGUACAAGCUGAAAUUCUUAAAGGUGAUCUUUCUCGAUUGGCUGAAAUGCAUGCUCUUGCCAGCUGCCUUAAGACUGUAUCGUCUCAUGAUGCAGUGGCUGGGGUGGAAACCCUUCGAUUGGCUUGUGGUGGUCAUGGUUAUAUGCUUGCUUCAGGCUUGCCAAUUGUUUACAAUUUUGCUGCUGCUUCUAAGACCUAUGAAGGUGAGAAUACUGUGAUGCUUCUGCAGACCGCAAGGUUCCUUAUGAAGGCCUGGGCCUUAGCCUUAAAGGGAGGUGAACUUGUUCCAACGGUUAUGUAUUUGAAUGAGGCUAUUAAAGUAAAGAAGUUUCAGAAGUGGGAUGGAUCGUGGGAAUGUAUGGUGAAGAGUCUACAAUUUGUUGCUGCAAAUAAGAUUCGUAUAGCUUUUGAUCAUUUGGAAGCAAGAAAACGAAAUAAUAUGAUUUUCGAAGAAGCUUCCAACCUAACGUCUAUUGAAUUGGCAUCUGCAGCUGAAGUAAGUUCAAUUUUAGAUCAAAAUUUUGUUUGUUUUUGAAAUAUGUAUCUGUUU